AUGCCCCAGCGUCACGUUGUGCAGAUGUCCACCAGCCAUGCCAGCUACAGCGUCUGCGUGUUGGGUACCGAGGUCUUCCUUGAUACGCGCCGAUCUACCCCCAAAGGUGCCACGUCAUUCGAUGUCCAUGCCACCUCCGCGGUUACGGUCCACAUCAUCCACAGCCCUAUGACAAAACCCAUGAUUAACUCCAGAUGGCCCCUGGAUCCCGAUAUAGAGGUUGUAGUGACCAUUGAUGUCACCAGCAGAACCGUCAAUGACAAUAAGGUUAAGAUUUCGUACUACGGACGGGAAGGCAAUGAGCUUUCGGUGGCUUGGUUGUAUCUCACCUGCGUAGAUAUAUCCCUGGACGUGGACUUGAGCCGUAAUGGCAGAGUGAAGAGCAAAGGGAAGGACAAGGCCAAGUGGACGUGGGGUCCUGAUGGGCAAGGCGCCGUGCUGCUUGUCAACUGCGACCGGGACAGCCCCGGCGCGGCGGGGACAGACAGCGGUCAGGUGGACAUACGGACCUCUGCAGACCUUCAGGACAUGUCCGUCAUGCUGCUGCGGACUCAAGGUCCCAGCGCUAUCUUUGCUGAGUACCAGGUGGUCCUGCAUGUCCCCGAAUCGGACGCGGAUAAAGUGCGGGUUUUCCACGCUAUCCGGAGUGACUCACACCCCCACUACAAACCCGUGUUGGGGCCGAACAAGCUCUCCUACGUGCUGGACCAUGUUGGUGGUGGAGAAAACACCUUCUACGUUGAAGGGUUGGCUUUCCCCGAUGUUGGCUUCUCCGGGUUGGUUUCCUUCAGUGCCAGCUUGCUGGAGGUCCCCCAUAAGGUACGUGGGAAUUCGCCGGGCACCCCGAUUUUCACGGAUACGGUGGUUUUCCGUGUGGCGCCCUGGAUAAUGACGCCCAACACCCAGCAGCCUAUGGAGGUUUUUGUCUGCAGCAUCCAGCAGGGCUCAGACUCCAACGAAGUCUUUCUGGAAGGUAUCCAGGUCCUGCUGAAGAAAGCCAACUGCAAGCUGACCAUCUGCUCGGAGGUGGAAACCCGCAGUGACCGCUGGAUCCAGGAUGAGCUGGAGUUCGGCUAUGUGGAAGCACCACAUAAGACCUUCCCCGUCGUCUUUGACUCUCCCAGGAACAGAGGCUUGAAAGAUUUUGCUUUUAAAAAGAUCCUGGGCCCCGAUUUUGGCUACGUGACCCGUGAGCCCCCCGGGAAUGACAUCUCCAGCCUCGACUCCUUUGGCAACCUGGAUGUCAGCCCACCAGUGACGGUGCGAGGGAAGGAGUAUCCCCUGGGCCGGAUCCUGAUUGGCAGCCCCCUACCUUGGGCCUCCGGCCGGCGGAUGUCCAAGGCGGUCAGGGAUUUUCUUUACGCCCAGAAAGUGCAGGCGCCGGUGGAGAUUUACUCGGAGUGGCUGAACGUGGGCCACGUGGAUGAAUUCCUCACUUUCGUCCCCGCUUAUGAUAGGAAGGGUUUCCGGCUCCUCUUGGCCAGCCCCAAUGCCUGCUACAAGCUCUUCAAGGAGAAGCAGAGGCAGGGCCACGGGGAAGCCACGCAGCUCGUCGGGCUGAAGGGCACUGAGAGGAGGAGCAUCGACGAGAUCCUGGCGGAUGAGUCUCUGAGGAAUGACAACAAGCAUGUGCAGCGCUGCAUUGACUGGAACCGCGACCUCCUGAAGCAGGAGCUGGGCCUGAGCGAGCAGGACAUCAUCGACAUUCCCCAGCUCUUCAUCCUGAAGGGCUCCCGCGCGGAUGCCCUCUUCCCAGACAUGGUGAACAUGCUGGUGCUGGGCAGGCACCUGGGCAUCCCCAAGCCCUUUGGACCGCUGGUGGGUGGGCAGUGCUGCCUGGAGGAGCGGGUGCGGGCGCUGCUGGAGCCCCUGGGCCUUACCUGCACCUUCAUCGACGACUACUUCUCCUACCACGUCCUCUCUGGUGAUGUCCACUGUGGCACCAAUGUCCGUCGUAAGCCCUUCGCCUUCAAAUGGUGGCACAUGGUGCCCUGA